AUGGGUACUUCCACAUCCAGCUCAGUCAAACUGUCUGGAUCUGCAGGGUCCACCAUACAGAAUGAAGAACUUCUUGAAAACCAGGACAUAUCCGGAAACAGCUCAAUUAGGAGUCGAGUUGUACAAAGCCGGGAACAAGGAAACACCAAACAGGGUGAAGAGUUGGUCAACAUUGAGCAGGAUUCUCUAAGGAAAGAAGAAGAAGAAGACAUGGAGGAUGACCGGGACACACAUCAGAAAGGGUGCAAAUUACCAACCUGUGUGCUGAAUUUUCACAGAGCGCUUCCUCUUUUUGGGAUCACCGUGGCUGCCAUCUUCUUUGUUGUCUGGGAUCACUUGAUGGCCAAAUAUGAACAUCGAAUUGAUGAGAUCAUAUCUCCAGGCAAAAUGCUGCUGAACAGCCACUGGUUCUGGCUGAAGUGGGUGAUUUGGAGCUUAUUGAUCCUAGGGAUCAUCUUCUGGCUGAUCUUCGACACGGCCAAAUUGGGCCAACAGCAGCUGGUGUCCUUUGGUGGACUCAUAAUGUACAUUAUCCUUUUGUUUAUAUUUUCUAAGUACCCAACCAGAACUCUGUUCCCCCAUCCCCAGGUCUUGCCAAUUGUGGUUUUCUUCAGCACUGUGAUGUCCAUGUUAUACUACAUGGGAUUGAUGCAGUGGAUCAUCAGAAAGGUCGGAUGGAUAAUGCUUGUUACUAUGGGCUCAUCUCCUGUUGAGUCUCUAGUUGCUGCUGGCAAUAUAUUUGUUGGACAAACAGAGUCUCCAUUGCUGGUCCGACCAUAUUUACCAUAUAUCACCAAGUCAGAACUCCAUGCCAUCAUGACUGCUGGCUUCGCUACAAUUGCUGGAAGCGUCUUGGGUGCAUACAUUUCUUUUGGAGUUUCAUCCACCCACUUGUUAACAGCUUCAGUUAUGUCAGCACCUGCAUCAUUGGCUGUUGCUAAACUAUUUUGGCCUGAGACAGAAAAAUCUAAAAUAACCCUCAAGAAUGCCAUGAAAAUGGAAAUUGGGGAAAGGAAUUUUAUGAGCUCUGAGAAACUGCCUAAAUGCAAACUGGUGCCUGGCCACCAUCAAGAGAUGGCUGGGUCAGAUCAUGGAUCCAUUGGUGUUUAUGCUUGCUUGCAGAUUCGUUCCGAGACAAUUGCCACUUAUGCCCUCUGUGGGUUUGCCAACUUUGGUUCCCUAGGAAUAGUGAUCGGUGGACUCACCUCUCUAGCGCCUGGCAGAAAGCGGGACAUCGUCGCUGGAUCUGUAAGAGCUCUGAUCGCAGGGACUGUUGCUUGCUUCAUGACAGCCUGCGUCGCAGGCAUACUCUCUGGCACCCCCGAGGACAUCAACUGCCAUCACAUUUUAGAGAAUGCCUUCAGCUCCAGUUUACCUGGCAACGCAACCACAGUGGUGUCUUGUUGCCAAAGUCUGUUGAGCAGCAUUACUGACAAGGAGCCUCGUGGGAUCAUCCCAGGAGGAAACUACAACCUGUACUUUGUGAAGAGCUGCUGCAAAUUGUUGAAUCCACCAAAUCUGAACUGCAGUUGGAUCCCUGACACAUUUUGAAUUCCACCACUUCCCCAUUGGAACUCUGUGUGAAGAUGUUGAGUUUUCUGCUUUGGAGAGAAAAAAAUAGAGCUAUUGUCUACGGAUUAAUAAAUUUAAUCAUGGAAUCAAGUUUAAUUGCAAGGAAAGAAGAAAAAUUAAGAGUGAACCUUCCAGAGCUAUAAUAUCUUCCUGCUUCCCUUCCCUCCCCAACGCACCUUCUCCACACUGUGACCAACUAUGAUGUCUCCAACUGAGGUAUCAUCUCCACUCUCAACAAUGUCUUCUAACCUUACGUUUUUAAGGUAUUUCAUGACAAUACAGGUUUAAACAGUAGCUCUCAACAACACGGCUGUGACUCAGCCAUAUCUUCUUAGUAUGCUAAAUAGGCCCAGAGUGACUUGUUUUAAACACAUCUCAGGUGAUAUCACUCUGCAUUCACCCUAACUUCCCUGAAAUAAUUUGAACUUGAAUUUCACCCAAAAGGAAGGCUGAUCAGCAAACACCUACUGAUUGUCUACCAUCCAGAGGUCCUACCUAAAUCCAGAGUUCUUCAGAAAAGCAUGUAGACCAUAUAAGAAUAAGGAUUUAAAUUCUGUAAUCUUGGAGAGUUGUAUCAAUCAGUUUAAGUUAAGUUAUGCUGCAGUAACAAACAUUCACAAUAACUUGUAGCUAAAUUUAUCUUUCACUCAUGUUAUGUUUGUAAUGGUCAACUUUGGCUUAAUCUAUAUUUUCUUAAUUUCCAGGAUGCAGGCUAAAGAAGCAGCCUUUGUGUGGGGCAUGCUGGUAUUAGAGAGGGAAAAGAAAGGUAGGGAUAACAUGAUGGUUCUUAAAAUUUCUGCUAGUGGAAGUGACACCAUUCACUUGCCCUAUAUUCCAUUACCCAGAAGAAGUCCUAUGGGAAAUAUAAUGUCUGUGACCAUACAUGAAUUAUCCUAUCAAAGAGAAGGAUGGUGAGUAUUUUACAAGAAUAAUAUGAUACUAUAGAGUACAUGAUAUCUAUUCUUCCUUCAAGGAGUCACCUUGUUACAGGACAUAAUGGUAGGCCUAUUCAUGUGCAAAUUUAGUAAUAUUCCUGGUGACAAGACUGGAAAGCAAUCUUCAUUCAAAAAAAGCCAUAUAAGGACUGAUCAAGAAGAAAAAUAAGUUCUUGUUCAGAUCUGAACAACUUCAUUGAUAUUUCCAUUGACUAGAGAGGUGUCAACAUCAAACUUGCUAAUUGGGUCUCAGAAAAUGUCAGAGAUGAUGGUGGUUUCCUUUAAUGACAUGCUCAUCACUGAUGCUCUUAAUAUUCCAAAGAACACAUUGUGUGAGAAAACACCAAUGCCUCUGAGUCAAAAAGUGACUCACAGAGAAGAGACUCUGAAUGUGACAAAGUUCUGAUACCUUAAGCAAUUUGUUUCUUUUUUUUUCAUCUGUUCAUGCACAGGAGUUAUUACUUUUUUAAAAGAUCAUGAGUAAACAGUUGUGUUGUUUUGCUGUUCUUUUGGUUUUGGGUUGUUGGAAGUGAAGGAGUGAUCUCAAAGGACUCUUUAUCCUUAAAGUAAAUACACCAAAAUAUUUCUAAUUUUUUAUUUGUAUCCAUUUUUCUUGGGAUCCAAUAUGCCCUUUCAUUCUUUACACUUUAUUUUAGGAAAAUAUAUUUGCAUGUCCUUUUGGUUUCAGGCUUCAUUAUAGCAUAGGACAAUAUGUCAAAACUGCCAAUAAUUCACAUGUUGGUUCUCCUUUCUCAGCUAUGGCUAUGUAAUGACAAAAGAUAGAGUUCAAAAAUUGGUUGGCUAUUAGAGAGCCUCAGGAAUGAGAUGGAAUAGAAGAAUCCAAAGAGUUAAAAAGAAUUAGAAAAUCUUUUGUCAUUACUAUUCUUUAAAUAUUUGUAACUCUCCUCUAAGCUUGUUUUUUUACAUAAUUGCUACUCUGUUUAUUAUUAAGUUUGUCUUUUCAAAUUGUAAAAUUAGUCAUCUUUAAUAAAAAAUGAAGAUUGUAUAAACAUAGCUAAACAUAUUUCUCCCCACCCUGUUUACCUGGCUCUUCUGCCAGUACCAUACCCCCAGGCUGUCACUGUGCACACCUUUCUCCUUGUUUAAACAAAUGGUUUAUUAGAAUGCGGGGGAUUUAUUGUUGGUGAACAAGUGGAAUGAGUCUAUUUACACAUUAUCUUUAACUUCCUUCUUUUUAGUUGGCAAUAAACAUGGACAUUCCUGCAA